AUGCAAGAUUACUCGGCAGUAGAGGCCGACAACAACCUGUGCUGCUUUGAUGGCGGCCGACGCAGACGAACGAGCGUUCCCAUGUGCUUCUACUUCGUGCCAUUCUGCCUGCCGGUCUACAUCUCUCCCGUCUUUCUAAACUAUGUCUCGUGGGGCCUUCGAUCUGCCAUCGCCGCCACGGUGUUGUCGGCGGCGUUGUUCAUUGCUCCCAUCACGGCUGUCUUUGCGUCAGCACCCACACUGGGACGAACGCUCAACUUAUCCUGGGCUAUCAUGGCUUUGGCGUUGCUGGCGGUGCUGGGCCAGACCGAGACCUGGUGGUUGGCCAUUGGUCUCUUCUGCAUGUGCUGGCUGUGCAGCUACCCUAUCUACCAUCCCAUUGCGGUGGUGGUGCUCUUCUACAUCCAAAUACCGGGCCUGGAUUGGGUUCUCUUUCCGUUCUACGCCGUGGCGGCUAUGGGCAUCGGCUGUGGCUGUGGGGUUGUCAUGCAGAUCCUGCCCUGGCCAACGCGUGGCAGCAAGGAGCUUCUGGAGGCUCUCGGGCUCAGCUUGAACGCCGCUUCCAGAGGAGUACAAUGCGCCAUUGGUCACUUCACCGCCAACGAAAAGCACGAUGUUGAGCGUCUGUAUCUCAGUGAGAAGGCGCAGCUGAUGACCCAGAAGAUUGUGGAGAACAUUGCCAUCGCCAAAGCACGAUAUGAAGAUGCGCAGUGGGAGCAUGGCCUCAUGUCCAACCCCGGGUUCGUCAAGUACAUUCAGACGCUCGAGGCCAUGACUGAAGCCAUGGAAGGCAUGUACCGAUGCUCAAUGGCGGCAGAGCCAGGGUACUACCACGACAACUUCGUGGCGCAUCUGCGAGCCUCGUUCGGUCGUCUCAGCGAAGCCAUGGCACUCACCCUCGACACGUUCUCCCACAAGAUCAUGAACAAACAGAUUGGCUUGAGCUCAAUCCGCCGCCAGUAUCGCCACAAGAAAAUGAUGAGGAAGGAGAAGGAAAGGAAAAAGGCCACGAAUAGUAGAGACAGACCCAAGCAGGAGGAGGUCAACAACGACGACGGCGACGGCGACGGUGAUAAGGAGUCGAUAGACGACAAGGACCUCGACAUCGUUGCCCGGAUGGACGACAUUCUCAAGACCUACGAGCGUACUCGGCGGCAGUGGUUCUGGCACAACUCCUCUGAGAGCACCAAGAACUUGACCAACUUCAACAUGAAGGAGGUGUUACCACUGGCAGCGUUCAUUUUCUACCUCAAGACGUUCAUUGGGCUGAUGAAGAGCCUUGAAGAGGUCAAGCCACACUGGGUUGUUGACUUCAAUUUCGUCCUCACAGUCUUCCCGCUCGACAUCUUACGCGAUAUCGUGCUGUGGCUUGCCGGCCUGCCGAAGCGGCUUAGCAAGUACGCUCAGGAUUCGCGCCAAGGCGGACGCUUUGCUUUCCUCUCCAUUCCGGCCAAAUGCUCCAUCGCUUGGCUUCGCUCAGACAAAGUCAUUUGGGCCACGCAGAUGUCAGUUGCAAUCAGCGUGGCAUCCAUCCUGGUCUUCUCGUCAGCCAUACGCGAGUGGUUUCCGUACGGCUACUGGGCGGUGCUCACCGUGUGCCUGGUGAUGGACCGUAAGCAGGGGUUUUCGUUCCGUCAGACCGGCCUGAGGAUAUUGGGCACGGUGCUGGGAGCGACAGCAGGCUAUCUUGGAGUGCACAUCUCAGCGGAGAACGGGUUGGGCAUUCUGGCCUUCUUCUUCGUGUGGAUCAACAUCUGCAGCUACGCGCGGGGAUCGGUCAAAUCGCUCGACUACCCGGGUGCAGUGGCUGCCUACACCAUGGGCCUGGUCAUGAUCGUCGCCAAGCAGCCGCAGACGACCUCGGCCGAGCUACUUGCCCUGGGCCGCAUUGAGUCCAAUUUCCUGGGCUGCCUCGUUAUUGUCGGGAUAUGCCUGGUGUGGCCUGUGCGGAGCAGCAACCACCUGCGCUACUCGCUGCUACCGGGGUCCUUGACUAAGAUUCGCGAGCUCAGCAGCCUCAUCUUCGACUCGUUCAUAACUCCGCCGGCGUCAUCGCUCUGCAACUCAAGCAGUCUGUCGUCCUCUUCAUCAGGGCCGCACCGGCGCAGCGGUGCGGGAGCCUCCACUUGCGCACAACCGUCAGACGAGCUAUCCGACCUCGCGGGCGUGACCGGUACCACACUCGACGAAGAGGAGCAAGGCGACGAGGCCGGCGUGCUCAGCGAGCACCACCACGUACCGCCGCACCCCAUGGAGACUACCACCGACGCAGCAGCCAAGGCCAAGCCUGGGGCGACCAGUCCUGCCGUGGCCAUCAUCAAAGGGGGUAUCCUUGUGGCACAGGCCCUCCACAUAGAGUCGGGCGCCCACGAGCCGCAGCUGUGGAGUGUGUGCCUUGCAUCGCAGAAGAAGCUGCUCAAGCAGCUCAUCAUUUUAGACAAGGUCAUCACAAGUGCCAAGCUUGAGGGGCGCGGAAUCUACAACCUUCUGUUUCCGGCCCUCCUUUCGUCAUUGUGCUCGAUCAAGGUGGAGGUGCUGGGCUGCAUGGAAGAGCUCCUGAAGCAACUCAUCCCUCCCAAGAAACCUCAAAGCGCAAUGGACCAGCUGGAGGCGAUGGAGGGUGGACAGUCAUGUGAGCGGCAGCUGCUGGCAAUACUGCGACAAACCAUCAAGCAGUUCUUGAAGUCACCGCCACUGCACGCUGACCACCUUCCAAUCAGCAACAUGGACGCGCUCAGCCUUUUCACAUUCCUCUUCACUGUCCGGGACUUCGUGGCGGAGGUGAGUGUGCUGUGGCGGGGUCUGCAACGGCUCUUACAAGUAGAGGCGCUCUACUCCAAGCAAAUUGAAACCUUUACCUGGUGCCCCACUCUGGGGCACCACCUUGCUCGCAUCUGA